UGCUCUCACUUCCUCAACACAGUCAUGGCCCCAACGGUGAACCCAGGAGAACCGCGCCAGGCUCCAAAACCACAGCCUCUGGGUAACUUUCCAUUGAUCAUCCUAUUCACGACUUGCACCUGCUGCGUGCUCUUCCUGCUCUGGCGGCGGGCCUCGUCGCUACGGACUGUUGUUGCCCAUAAAUUGACAACAUGGACGCGGAAGGAUGGGCAGAUCCGCCUCUCGAUCGACGACGGGCCUCCAGCGCAUGAGUUCCUCCAAGACGAUUUCGACGAAGAUCGCGAGCGAAUCACGGAACAGCAUUUGCUGAGGCGAGACCCAAGCGAUAUAAACCCAUCGCCUGCACAUGAGAACGCCCAGGAGGGCCCGAAUCUGUCGUCUCUUGAGUCCAUACAUACGUGAUAUCGGAGCUAUGCGUAGUAAUUUGUUGCGGAGUGCUGAGCACUUCCAUGAACUCAGCGACGCUACCUGCGCUGCUAGUUGUGCGUGCAUCUUCCAAGCAUUGAGUAGGUGAAGUGGAGUAGUCUAUGCCGCAAGAAGACGACUGUGCCCCGUUUGUUGCUGCGAAACGAGAUGCGCAAAGCCAAUGUAUCCAGGAGCAAUGUACCAUCUCUCGCAGGCGGCGCCUUUCGGUUGCCCAGAAUCUAGUCGUGAACGGGUUUCCGCUGUCGAAUGUGUUACAAC